CCUACAGGUAUGAACGUUUCAGCACUAUCUCAAGAAAUUUUCAUACAAAAACACUCAGAGCCAAGACUUAUGGCGAGCUUUUACUGACAUUGGCCAAUUAUUGGGACCCGACGGACUGCCUUUGGACAUCAUCGAUUUUGGAAAUCAGUGGACCAAACAGAUGGGAUUUCCGCUAGUGACUGCAAAGUACUCGAACUCAUCGAUACUAACUAUAACUCAAAAACGCUAUAUGAUCAGUCCAUCCAACCCAGGAAUUGAAAAAUAUUACUUUACACGUCACAGACAAAAUUACGAUAGCAUUGGUUGGAAACAUAUCAUAAACCAACUAGAGAAAGAUCAUAAUGUAUUCACCCACUACACGAGGUAUAUCCUUUUGAGCGAUGCAUUUGCUGCAGCCCUUGUUGACGAAUUGGAUUACGAGAUAGUCUUUAAAUUAGUUCGCUAUGUUGCUAAAGAAAAGGACUUCCUACCAUGGAAUGCGGUUAUGAGUGGAUUGCAUACUAUACUCAGAUUUUAUGUGACCGUUGAUAGGGCCAAGAGUCUUAACUUUCUUGCAAAAGAGAUACUGAAACCAAUGUAUAAUAUAGUUUACAAACGAUAUCUCAGCGGAGACGAUUCUUUCAAAAAGGAACAUCUCAUGGGUGAUUUGUCGUGGGAAUCGGCCAUUGUUCUGUAA